CAGUUUACGCGGGAGAUUCUGUCGGCCUUGGCUGCUGCAAAUGCAUUUGGUGUCCAUCAUUUGGACUUGUGUAUGUCGACGAUUUUCUUGAUGUCUACUGGCAGCUUUUGCCCUGUCAAGGUUUUUGGUCUUGGACUGGCUGGCUACCUCGUGCCCCUGGUCUCGCGGCGCGAGUUUUCCAAGUCCAACAAGCACUACUACGCCUCGCCGGAGGUCUUCUAUACCAGCAACGUCAAAAGGCUGAGCCCAGCAGCCAGGCAUGCCAGUGACGUUUGGUCGGUUGGUGCUAUACUCUACACCCUUUGCAGUGGCCGUCCGCCCUUUGGUGCUGGAACCAUCAAGGAGCUCAGCGGGCGUGUGCAGCGUGCCAUGUGGUCCUUCGGCGUGGAGUUUGCAGAGUGCUCCUACGUGUUGAAGGAGGCUGUGGAGGAAAUGCUCAAGGUUCCCUGGCGGUCAAGAGCCCCAGCAAGUGGAUGCCUUCAUCUCAGCUUCUUGGAGCAGUGCCUCGGUGCCAAGGACGCCAAGCUGAGCCUCGUCGCCAUCCAGCAACUGCACUCCUUCCUGCAGCGGGACCAUUGCAAGCAAACAGUGGCACGAAUGCUGACAGACACGGGCCUUACUCACACAGCCUACUCCAAGCUGGAAAAGAUGUUUCGGGAGUUGGAUCAAAACGGGGACGGAGUGGUGUCCCUGGCAGAGCUGAAGGCGUCCGCGUCGGAGCUUGGUAUCGGCGCAAGUCAUGUGUCGGAGGUGGUCAAGGUACUGGACAGGAAUGGAAAUGGGCACUUGGAUAUCUCCGAGUUUAUUGCCGCAGUCGUGCUGGAGCAAGAGGUAACAGAAGAGCGUAUGGUGAAAGCCGUGUUCAACAAGAUCGACAGGGAUGCAGAUUCCCGGCUGACCAAGAAAGAGAUGUUUGUUCUGCUGAGACAGUAUUCCGGCUCCGUAGAAACCAAGGACGUGAGCAAGUUCGUGAAGCGGCUGGAUGACAACGGAGAUGACAAAGUGGACUAUGAAGAGUUUGCAGGCAUGUUCCCGGCUGUGUCUCACAUGGAGGAGGACAAGGAAUCGCGGCUGGAGAAGUUUGCAGCCUUCGUCCAGAGCUACGACGACUUCAGGAGCUUUAGGGAAUCUGCAGAGGCGUGGCUUCGCAAGCUGAACCAAGUGGAGGAAAAGAUCCUGCAUGCAUCCGGGGUCAAGGACCGCGAUGUGAGCAAAGGGUACUUAAGCUACGAGAAGGGCGACUUGUCAGAGUACGAGGUGCAUCAACUUCUGCAGUCUGUGGCUGAGCUGCUGCAACAACCUCCUGGAAAGAAUAAGAGCGAGGUUUCGCAAAAGAAGCACGCAGACAACACAGGAGCCAAACUUAUGGGCAUGGCCAUUCUCGCUGCGUGCCGAGAGCACUCUCAGGGCAAGGCUCAGGAGGCCAAAAACCUCGGAGAAGGCGAGCAAGAGGAGGCCGUUCCCACGGUGAGUGCCUUGGAUGAGUUCACGAGGGCUGUAAGAGUCUGGCGACGCAGUGUGAAGGAUGCAGAUUCCCAGAGCACGCUCCGGGAGUGCUUGUAUCUCCUUAUCAAGGUGAAAAGCGAGUUCUUCUGGCAGGAGCCUGUGAAGGAAGCCCUAAGCGAGAUGCAGCGCAGCUGUGUCAACAUUUUUGCAGAGGUGUCUCUCCGAUCCAGGGCCGAUUUGACACGCUGCUACACAAGCCUCUCCGAUGAAUACAGCCUGCGGGAGGCGACCAUGCUACCCCGGGAAGACUACAGCUCCGUGCAGCGGGUGCCGGAGGGGGCGUGGCUGCUUCCAGUGCACUCCUUCAAGGGUGCCAACCUGAAUAGCAAUUCAACCCUGAGAGCAAUGCAGGAUAUGGUUCUGCCCUUGAAGCUGGUCUUUGCCUGGAAGAAGGAGAACGGCCGGGAAGAUGAGCAGAAGCUGGUGCACAUGUCGAAGUUGAUGUGGGCCGGACGCCACGUGAAGAGUAUCAUGGCAGACCUGCAGAACCUGCUGGAGGAGGUGGAUGAGGACUUUCAAGCGGCUGCAGCUACGGAGGGCCGAAUGCCAGGCGUUCCCAUCGCCUCCCAGCCGUACUUGAAGCACUGCCAGGGCAGAGGCUUUGCAGAUGAUGCUUUGACCCCGCGGGAGGAGGAGCUGGAGGAAGACGCGCCCAAUGCAAUCGAGGCAGCGGGCGUCGGCCAGUCUUCAGAGCCGGAGGGGUCCAAUCUCGAAGAGCUGCAGGCAUCCGUCCACCAGUUGGCUGGCACGCGGCGCAUCGAGCGGAACAAGGUCCUGGCAGACCAGGUGCGGAAGCAGCGCUUGGCCGAGCUUGGCACGUGAGCCGAACGUGCGCCGCUCGCCGUCGGAGCUCGGAGGGCGCGGGAGAAAAGCGAGGCCCAGCUCGGGAAGUGCGAUGCAUCCGUUUGGAGGAUUUGGC